CGUGCCUCUCUCGUUGCGACAGUGUCCAUAAUCUCCAGUCGUCUCUCUUUUCUCUCUCUCCUAAUAUAUCCCCCGCGAUCCCAGCACCAUACGCGCCAGGAUGAGCAGCGCUUGCUACUUCCCCGACGGUACCAAUACCAAUGCCGCCUUUGUACCAUGCAACCAAACCGCCAUAGAAGAAGGUAAACAUACCUCGUGCUGCGCGCCCGGCGACAUGUGCUUCACAAACGGCAUCUGCAAAGCCAAUAACUCGAACCAGCUGAACUGGAACUGGCGGGAUGCUUGUACGGAUCCAACAUGGAAGGAUCCUGCGUGUCCAAACUACUGUAAAGGAACGGAUCCAGGCGGCGCACACGUCAUCUUCCAAUGCCAGGAAGAAGAUCUCUGGUGUUGUGCCUUCGACAACCCACCCGUUGGCCACUACAACUUCACCUGCUGCACAGUGGACCAAUAUGCGUUUCGAGCCGGCAAAGCCGUAUUCUACACAACGGCGCAGCUGAAUCUUGGUAUCGAAACCUUGAGCAGCAUUGCCUCCGCCUCGUCCUUCUCGACAGCCACCCUUGUCGUAGCAUCAACAACAAGCGUUGCAUCACAAUCAAUCGCUUCGUCCACAGCACGGCAGAUCCAGGGCCCGUUUACUCCGAGCGUUCCGAGCGCUACAGCAGCUCCGGCCUCUCAAUCCCAUUCUUUGGCGAUCGGCCUCGGCGUAGGGAUACCUGUUGCGAUUCUCCUCUUCGCGGUCGCGUGCUUCUUCUUUUGGCGCUUAGGCAAACGCGCUCAAGCCAAGGAGGAGCUUCCUAUAAAGGAGGUCAUAUCUGAGGCAUACUCGAUGCCGGCGCAUUCAAUGACACAGCAGGAAGUAGCGCGGCUGGAAAUCGAUGGCGACAUGUUAAAAGCCGAGAUGGCGCAUCCGCGCUCGCCCGUAGAGCUUGAAGGGCCCCGAUGGGCGCCCCGUCCGCCGUCGAAGAGGGGCGCGGGGCAUGAUAACUUUUUUUGAGGUGAACGCAAGCAUGCUUUUCCUCUUGCAGCCAGCUCUCUUUCUCUUCUAGUAGCAUCAAGCAUUUGAUAAGGCGUUGUGCUGUGCCAGAAGGCAUGCGGCGAGAAUUAUGUAAAUAUACAACAUUCAUAGUAAUCAAAACACAGAGAGCGCCUCUCUACACAAUCGGCACGCUCAAACUCCAAUCAAACUGAC